UAAGUAACAGAUAUGGCACCAAAAGUUAAGAACAACCAUUUCCUAUUAUUGUUGCUUGUCAACUUUGUGUUUUGCGAAAAUAGCUCUGAUGGAAUUUGGACAAAGGAACAACUUCAUUAUCUAGAAAAUCUCAAAAGAGAAAUAGAGUAUCUUAAAGAGACAUGUAAACAGCCACAAAUUUCAACUUAUGGUCAGAAUACUGAGGACGUACCACUGCCGAUAGAUGUUCCGUCCAUAAAUGAAAUACAGCCUAUAGCGUUCUAUGCCCAACUCUCACAGACGUUGACUAUCGGAGACUUACAGGCAGUUGAGUACGAUGUCGUACGGGUAAACGUUGGUAACGGCUAUGACAAGAGACAUGGCCAUUUCACAGCUCCCGUCCCAGGACUCUUCUAUUUCUCGUUUACAGUAAUGUCGUUUCCUGAUAAAAGCGUCCACAUGGAAAUUGUAAAAAAUGGAGUGGUCUUCGGAAAUUGCUUUGCUGACAGUCAUGGGUAUGAAAGUGGUACCUCAACAGUGAUCACCCAAUUAGACCAGGGAGAUAUGGUUUGGGUACGACACAUCAAAGCAGAAAUUCCACAACCUUUGCAUCCUCUGUACAACGCAUUUAUUGAAUGA